AUGCCUAAGCCAAAGAAAAAGGGUCUUUCCACCAGAAAAACAAAGCAUGACGGAAAACAAGAGUCAAAAGCCGAGAAAAAGUCGGAAGUCGAGAUGGCAAAAGCCAACGCAGCAUUAUUGCAGUUAAGGUUGGAUGCAGCUGAAGACACACUCUUCAAAUACCGCGAAGCAACUGGCAAACUGGCAAGACACAAUGAGGAACUCAGGAGUAAACAGGAUGAAGACGAGAGGAAAAGCAAUGAAGUGUUUGCUUUUUUGGAAAAAAGCGUAAUUGAUAAGGAAGAUAAGAUCGCUGCAUUAGAACAGCGUUUAAGAAAUGCGAAUGAAAAGGCCCUUAAGGAGAAGGAGCUACUGGUGGGUGAAUAUAAUUCGAAGAUCAGUGAACUUGAAGAGAGGUAUAAGAAGAAAUGUAAUGAGUUCUUGAUUGUUGAGGAAGAACUCAGGAGCCUCAAGGAAUUCCAGAGGAACAAGGCCCACAUGGAAAAAGAGCUUGCAAGAAUGAAACAGCAGUUAUUGAGUGCAGACCGAGGACACAAGGAUAAUCUGGCAAGAAUGGAACGCAAGUUUCUUAAAGAAAAGGUUCGCAUUGAGAAGGAAGCUGAGCAGAGAAUCGCUGAGAUGGAAGAAAGAGCUCACAAUGAGGCCAUUUUACAGCAGAAUGAAGCCUCACGCUCUGUGUUCAAGGAAAACGUGCGACUGAACGAGUCACUAAGUUACCACAUCAAAGAAGUAGAUGAGCUGAGAAAAAUGAAUGCAGCCCAAGCAAAAUUGAUUGCUUCUCUCAAGUUUCAGAAGGAGACCAGCGGGGUGAUGGUAAAGAAAAUGACGGCCGAGAAGAAUGAGAAUUCAAAGUUAAAGGCUGAACUGGCCACACUGGAGAAAACCUUAACAGAAAUGACAUCUGACUUUAUAAAAGAGAAGGCCCUCCUGGAGCAGCGUAUUCUGGACAGCACGCAGGCCAGUAAGGCAGACCUGGACAAACUACAGAAGCUGCUGGCUGUGCGUGAGAGAGAGCUAAGCCGUCUGAAAACACUAGCACGUAGCUUUGUGGAGCAACGCACUGAACUGGAGGUCUUCUUCAAUGAGGCUCUGCAACACGUGAGGCAAGAGAUAAACACCAGCCGUGCACAAUACAGGAAAGAGGCACAGAGGGAGUAUUGCAGAAGAAUGGAACAAGCCAGGUUAGGGAGACAGGAGUACCCAUGCAUACGUACUUUCAGCAAAAAUCCCCACAGCACCAACAGCGUACAUGCUGACCUGGAAGAGGCAGAGAAGUGGAACAGCCUACCAAUGUCUGGGGUCCACAUGUCAGAGCUGACCUGGGAACAGAAGGAAAGAGUUCUUUGCCUGCUCUUUGCUAAAAUGAAUGGACUGAAAAUUAGGAUGGCAGUGGAGAAGGCCAAUGCAGCCUUGGCCAGCCACUCCAAACACAGCCCCCACCACUUGUUUCAAUGUAUUCUCCUUAUUAACAUCAGGAAUGACCACGCCAUGGUUCUUUGCCCCCUGGUGGACAAAAUGGGAAGUCAGGCCAUGGCCAAUUCUCAUCAAGUCCCGCGCGAGUUGGAGGCGCGUCCGGGCGAGUGA